AUGCUGCGCCUUUUUACUCUGUCUUUCCUCGCUCUUUACCCUGCACUCUCUACAGCUGCAACGGCUGGCCAGCCUGGGCCUCUCUCCCCCGCCGAACUCAGAUACUCGAGAUCUCACUCUCUUGGGGAGAACUACAUCUUUGACAAUCGCGAUGGCUGGCAAAGCGUCAACAUAUCCGACAUGCUGUAUAAAUACAGUACAUCCACUGGCGAGGCAAGCCAGAUUGAAGCAGAAGGUGGCAACUAUGGAUUUGACUCGAUUUGGAAGAGAUCAGGGAAGAACUACAGGAAAAAUCCCGGAAAGAGGCCCGAGGAAAAAUCCGGCGGGCUGGGAGGCAUCGCGGACACCGUGAAGAACAUGUUCAAAGGGCUAAAAGGCAUCGGCAAGGCCCAAGAUGUCACUAUAACAUGGUAUACUGGCCAUGAUCUUGAGAAUCCAAGCUGCUGGUCAGAAUCACAGUGGGCGCCGACGGAUGCGUCCUUCGCGUGCGCACUGACGAUGGAUGGAUGGCAGUCAAAGCCUCAAUGCUUUAAAUUCUUGGAGCUUUGCAACACGCCGAAAAAAUGCGUGUUCGUCCGUGUCGUCGAUACAUGCGCCGGGUGCGCCAAGGGUUCAAAACAUGUCGACCUCACAAAGGCUGCAUUCGGUCAAUUGGCGGAUUUCGACAAAGGCGUGUUAACGGUGCAGAUGAGAAUGGCCACCGAGCCUGAGAGCUGGAUCGAGAAACUUUGGGGUCCUAAGGCCAAAUAA